AUGCGCCUCACGCGCGCCGCACAGCGCGCCCAGCAGCCGGUAGAGGAGCCCACCCUCGACGCGGCCGAUGCCUCCGAGGAGCGCAGCCCUUUGAACGAGAUCACGCCCAAUGCAUCGCCCGAACAGGUGGACCAUGCAGAGGAUGCGCCCAAGAAGACGCUCACAAGAACCAAAAGCAAGAAAGGCGGAAAGAAGGGCGCAAGGGCCAAGAAGGGCAAGGCAGUAGAGGAGGAGGAACAGGUGCCUGUCGCCGACGAACCUCUAGCCGUAGACGACGCUGCGGUUGAAGCCGCAGUUGAAGAGCCGAUUGCAGAGCCUCCACAAGGUGGGCGCUCUAUGUCCCAUGCCCCUCUCACCACCACUAACACCACGUCAGAUGCAGCGCCAACUGCCGUUGAGGAUGAGCGCCCCGCAAGUCCAGCGCCGAAGGCUGUCCGCCUCACUCGACGUCAGCUAGCAAAGCAGGAGGAGGAGAUGCGACAGUCGCAGCGCGCUCAAUCUCCGCCUCGGCCUGAACCUGCGACGGAAGAUGUCGCACAAUCUCCAAUUGAAGAAGCGCAUGAAGAGAUUGCCCAGAAGGAAACCAAAGAAGAAACCACUACAAGAAAUGACGAAGAGAUCGCGGUAGAGACUCAGCCAGAAGAGACAAUUGAGCCUGCAGAGUUACCACAGGAUGAAAUCGCCGCGCCAGAGCCAGAACUACACCAGCACACCGACACAGUCGAGCCGGGUCCAGUGACCGAGGAUACGAGCGCUGGAGCGGAAGCAAUUGAGGUUGCCGAGACAAACGAGACGCAAGCUCCCGAGUUGGCAGAAGCCCAAGAGACACAAUUAUUGGCCCAAGACCCCAAAGAAGCCGAACACAUUGAACAGGAAUCUGCUACGCCGUCAGUCGAAGUCACGUCCGAGCCGGAGCCAAAGAGUCUUGCAACCGAGAGGCCGACCGAAGUCACAAGCACACCAGCAUCAAGUCGUACACCGAGUAGGCGCACCUCACGAAGCGCUUCCAAAUCACCUAUGCGCAUUGAAGAGUCGAUAGAGGCCUUGGACGCGCUAGAAGAAGCAUUGGAAAAUGUUGGCAAGGCAGUUUCGCACUUUGACUCGUCGACUGAAGAAAAGUCACCGCGCAAGAAGGCCUUUCCAAGAGAUGCCACCGCUCCAAGCGCACGCGCAAAGACGCCACGAAAGACACCCGUGGCCGCGAGAGUCUCAAGAGCCCCCAGUGCGGCUCCCAAAAGCAUGAAGCCGGCGGCUACUGGGAUCGCGCGUGCCUCCAGUGUUCGUGUCGCACCUGUGAAAGACAUCAGGAAAGAUUCAACAGAGACGUUCGAUUACCUAGCAUCAAAACGCCGGCCUGUCAGCGUAUCUUUUCCUACGCCUCCGCCUCCGCCGAAGGGACGAGCUCCGACUAAGCCGACUUUCCAGCUAUCCAGCGAGACGGUAGCCGCGAAACUGAAGGCACAGAAAGAGGAGCGAUUGAAGCGGGAGGCGGAGAGAGAGGCAGAGGGCGCGCCAGUUAAGCAACGGCCGAUCAGCAUGCCUCCAGUCGCGAAGUCCACCAAGGCUCCUACCAAGGCGAACUUCCAGCUCCCAGGCGAGGCGAUUGCGGCCAAGCUCAGAGCACAGAAGGAAGAGCGAGAAAAGCGAGAAGCCGAGAGUGCGCAAGGACCACAGCCAAAGGCUCGACCCGUCUCAAUUUGCAUGCCACCACCAACAGUGAAGUCCACAAAGCCUCUCACAAAGGCCACCUUCCAGCUUUCAGGAGACGCAGUGGCUGCCAAGCUCAGGACGCAACGAGAGGAGCGACAAAAGCGCGAAGAGGAAGCCGAAGCCGCAAAGAAAGCCGCUGCCUCCAAGCCUCGACCGACAAUCCGCAAACCAGUCGCCUUACCAACUCGAGCAGCACCAGGUGUAACAAUCCCACCUCCACCGCCUAAAUCCGACUCCCUCCAACCCCAACCACCUCAGCGCUCCACCUCCCUCGCCAGCAAACGCAGCAGCAUCCAGCUCUCCCGCUCCGUCUCCGACUCCACGAAUGGGUCGAACCGCAACAGCCUUCUCAUCGCCAAGGCAACGGUCACGCCCGUCGAUGCGGUGCAGCAGAAACUCAAGGGCAGAGAGGUCUUCAAUAGAGACAAGAUGGAGAAGGAAGCCAAGGAGCGCGAGCGCAGGGAGAAGGAAGAAGCAGCCAAGCAAGCGAGAGCACAAGCAGCAGAGCGGGGACGCAUUGCGUCUCGAGAGUGGGCGGAGAAGCAGAGGCGGAAGAUGAUGGAUGCGGUGCGGUCCAAGGCGGAGGCUGCGUGA